AUGGCUGCGCGUCCGGAACUGAAGGUAGACGAUGAGGUCGGCUUCAUCAAAGCCUUCCACCAACUGGAAGCAGGAAAGGGAAAGGACACCGUCCGCAUCUUCGACCGUGGCGACUGGCUGUCCGCACAUGGAGAUGAUGCUGUACUCAUUGCUCGCACGCAGUACAAGACGACUUCGGUCCUCAAGACCCUGGGCCGUCCUCCUGGCUUGCAAUCGAUUACCAUGACUGGCACUGCAUAUCGAAGCUUCCUCCGUGAAGCCAUCUUCCGGUUAGGCAAACGAGUCGAGAUAUUACAGAGCUCAAGUCGUAACAGCUGGAAAGUGACGAAGCAGGCAUCUCCCGGCAAUCUUCAGGACAUCGAAGACGAACUUGGAGGCCACAUUGACUCAGCACCCAUAAUUCUUGCGGUCAGAGUGUCGGCCAAAGCAACCGAAGCACGAAAUGUGGGAGUAUGCUUUGCGGAUGCCAGUGUUCGCGAGCUAGGCGUGAGCGAGUUCGUCGACAACGACAUCUAUUCGAACUUUGAGUCGCUGCUCAUCCAGCUUGGUGUCAAGGAGUGCUUGCUGCAGGCUGAUGGCACGAAGAAGGACGCCGAGCUGGCAAAGCUACGUGCGAUUGCAGACAACUGCGGAUGCGCGAUCUCAGAGAGACCAGCAGGUGACUUUGGGAGCCGGGACAUCGAACAGGACCUGACGAGAUUACUGCGGGACGAGCGAGCGGCCGGCACUCUGCCUCAGACGGAUCUCAAGCUGGCGAUGAACUCGGCAGCGGCGUUGAUCAAGUACCUUGGGGUGAUGUCCGAUCCAACGAACUUCGGCGAGUACCAAUUGUACCAGCAUGAUCUCAGCCAAUACAUGAAGCUCGACUCUUCUGCUCUCAAGGCGCUCAAUCUCAUGCCUGGCCCCAAAGAUGGCUUGAAGACGAUGAACUUGUACGGGCUUUUGAACCACUGCAAGACUCCUGUCGGUAGCAGAUUAUUGGCGCAAUGGCUUAAGCAGCCGCUCAUGACCCUGGAGGAUAUCGAGCGAAGGCAGCAGCUUGUGGAGGCAUUCGUGAAUGACACAGAGCUUCGCCAGACAUUGCAGGAAGAACAUCUUCGGUCAAUCCCUGAUCUCUAUCGGCUUGCAAAGAAGUUCCAACGGAAGAAGGCAAAUCUUGAGGAUGUCGUUCGUGCAUAUCAGGUGGCAAUUCGCUUACCAGGCUUUAUCGGCACGUUUGAGGGUGUAAUGGACGAAUCAUACAAAGACGCGCUCGACGUCGAGUAUACCAACAAACUCCGCUCGUACUCCGACAGCCUGGGCAAGUUGCAGGAAAUGGUCGAGACCACCGUAGAUCUGGACGCACUGGAGAAUCACGAAUAUGUGAUCAAGUCAGAGUUUGACGACCAGCUCCGGACCAUCCGCAAGAAACUGGACAAGCUUCGCUAUGACAUGGAUAAGGAGCAUCAACGGGUCGGAGAUGAUCUGAAUCAAGACACAGAGAAGAAGCUGUUCCUGGAGAACCACAAAGUUCACGGCUGGUGCUUCAGGCUCACGAGAACAGAAGCGGCUGCCAUCAGAAACAAGAAGCAGUACCAAGAAUGCUCUACGCAGAAGAACGGCGUCUUCUUCACAACCACAUCCAUGACCCAGAUGCGGCGGGAGUUCGACCAGCUGUCAGAGAACUACAACCGCACGCAGAGCGGCCUGGUCACCGAAGUUGUUAACGUCGCAGCCUCCUACUGCCCUGUCAUCGAACAGCUAGCCGGCGUGCUCGCCCACCUCGAUGUCAUCGUCAGUUUCGCCCACGUGUCAGUCCAUGCACCCACAGCAUAUGUCCGACCCAAGCUCCACCCACGAGGCACCGGCAACACAGUACUCAAAGAAGCCCGCCACCCCUGUAUGGAAAUGCAAGACGAUAUCUCCUUCAUCACAAACGACGUCUCCCUCGUCCGCGGCGAGUCGGAAUUCCUGAUCAUCACCGGGCCCAACAUGGGCGGCAAGUCGACCUACAUUCGGCAAAUCGGCGUCAUCGCCCUCAUGGCACAGAUCGGCUGCUUCGUCCCUUGCACCGAAGCCGAGCUCACGCUCUUCGACUGCAUCCUCGCACGUGUAGGAGCGAGCGACAGCCAGCUCAAGGGCGUGAGCACGUUCAUGGCCGAGAUGCUCGAAACAGCGAACAUCCUCAAGACCGCUACGAGGGAGUCACUUGUCAUCAUCGACGAGCUCGGCCGCGGCACCAGCACCUAUGACGGCUUCGGGCUCGCCUGGGCAAUCAGCGAGCACAUCGUCAAAGAGAUCGGCGCAUUCGCCAUGUUCGCCACUCAUUUCCACGAACUAACAGCGCUGAACGAGUCGUACCCGCAAGUCCAAAACCUCCACGUCGUAGCCCACAUCGGCGACGCCGAAGAUACAACUAUGACAGACGGCGAAGCAGCUGCAGGCAGUCGAAGACGCGAAGUCACGCUCCUCUACAAAGUCGUCCCCGGCAUCAGCGACCAAUCCUUCGGCAUCCACGUCGCAGAACUCGUGCGCUUCCCGCAGAAAGUCGUCAACAUGGCGAAGCGCAAAGCCGACGAAUUAGAGGACUUCUCGGGCAAGCACGAAGAUGUGCAGGUGAAGGCUAGUAAAGAGGAGGUGGAGGAGGGGAGUAAGAUGCUCAAGGAGGUUUUGCUGAAGUGGAAGGAGCAGGUUGAGGCGGAGGGGUUGGGGAAGGAGCAGCAGGUGCAGCGGAUGAAGGAGUUGGUGUUGGGGAAUGAGGCGUUGCUUGCGAAUCCGUUCUUUCAGAGCGUGAAGGCGCUGUAA